AUGACGCCGACCCUGGGUGAGGAUGUGAAGCUGCAGCGUUCGGGGCCCUCAGAGGCAGACGGCAGCCUGCUGAGCUCUGCAGGCAGUGGGGGGGUCCUGAAGAGACACAAAGCUCGAGAGCACAAGAGGGUGUACCGCUGCUCCCUCUGCAGCAAGGUCUUCCAGAACAGCAGCAACCUCAACAGACACGUGCGCUCUCAUGGGGAUAAGCUGUUCAAAUGUGAUGAAUGUGACAAAUUGUUCAGCCGCAAGGAGAGUCUGAAGCAGCACAUCUCCUACAAGCACAGCAAGAACAUGCCUGACCACGAUUACAAAUAUAAAUGCAACACGUGUGAGAAAUCCUUUCGCCUGGAAAAUGCCUUAAAGUUCCACAACUGUCGCACAGACGACAAGACGUUCCAGUGUGAUAUCUGCUCGCGGUUCUUCUCCACCAACAGUAACCUUUCCAAGCACAAGAAGAAGCACGGAGAGAAGCUCUACUCCUGUGAAAUCUGCAACAAGAUGUUCUACCGCAAAGACGUGAUGCAGGAGCACCACAGGAGGCACGGUGUGGGACCAAAGCACAUGAAGAGAGAGGAGCUGGAGGCUAACGGAGAGGAGGGGACCAGGUACAGGAAGGAGCCGUCCCCGUGUCCCAUCUGCGGCAAGGUGUUCUCCUGCAGGAGCAACAUGAACAAGCAUCUGCUGACUCACGGCGAUAAGAAGUACACCUGUGAGAUCUGCGCACGCAAGUUCUUCCGCGUGGACGUGCUCAGAGAUCACAUCCACGUUCACUUCAAGGAUAUAGCUUUGAUGGACGAGCAGGAGAGGGAAUGCUUCAUCAAGAAGAUCGGCAUCUCAGCGUGCGACAGCGACGACACGGACGAUGAAGAGGAGGAGGACGACCCCGAGCACCACAAGUACAACUGCAAGAAAUGCCAGCUGUCAUUUGCAAAGGGCAGAGAGUACCUGAAGCACAUCCUGGAUCAGCACAAGGAGCGAGGCUACGGCUGCGGGAUCUGUAACCGCCGCUUCGCCCUGAAGGCCACCUACAACGCUCACCUGGUGAUCCACAGAGAGCAGCUGCCGGACCCCGCCGUGCAGAAGUACAUCCAUCCGUGUGAAAUUUGUGGCAGAAUCUUCAACAGCAUUGGUAACCUGGAAAGGCACAAGAUCAUCCACACUGGGGUGCAGAGCCACGGCUGCUGCGGAAUAGAGCAUCAAGGAGCGUACGAGUGGCAAGGAGUGAGCCGCAAAGUUCGCCCAGAAGGUGAGGUCAACAUGCCUGAACACUACAAGAGACACACAGGUAUAAAGGACUUCAUGUGUGAGCUGUGUGGAAAGACGUUCAGUGAGAGGACGACUCUGGAGACGCACAAACUCAUCCACACAGUGGGGAAGACGUGGACGUGUGCGACCUGUGAUAAGAAGUACCUGACUGAGUACAUGCUGCAGAAGCACGUCCACCUGACCCACGAGAAGGUGGAGGCCCAGUCGUGUCACCUCUGUGGGACCAAGGUCUCCACCCGCGCCUCCAUGAACCGACACCUGCGGCGCAAACACCCCGAGGUGGUGUCUGUGAGGAUGGAUGAGUUCGAUGAUCUCCAGGAGCCCUCCACCAUCGGCGACUCCAUCUGUAUCGUGCAGGCCUCAGACGGGCUGCCUCAGGAGAGGACCGGCCGGCCCCCCCGGAGGAGGCACAGAGUCCCCGCUGAGCCGGAGCUCUCCGAGUCUGAUGAGUACGUGGACUACAACGAGACAAGGCACGAGUCGAUCGAGUUCAGCACCGUCAUCGUGGGAGACGAGACGGAGACCAGCUCUGCUGUGCAGAGCAUCCAGCAGGUGGUGGUCCUGGCGGACCCCGGCGUUCCGUCAGCCUCCCCCUGCAGCUCGGGGGGGCUGACCAACAUCACGGUGACCCCCAUCAGCAGCCAUCCCCCCGCCCAGUUCACCAGCCUGCAGCCAGUUGCCGUGGGUCACCUGACGGCCGGCGAGCGGCCCCUCAGCCUGGACAGCUCCAUCCUCACCGUCACCUUCGACGCGGUCAGCGGCUCCGCCCUGCUCCACAACCGCCCCCCCGAGCUGGUCCCGGAGACGGUGGGACCCGGAGGGGGCUCGCAGUCCGUGGCUCACUUCAUCAACGUGACCACGCUGGUCAACCCCCUGGGCCAGCUGGAGGCCUGGAGGCCGGUGCCUGAAGGACAGGUCACCCACAUGGGGGAGGGGGCUCAGGGGGGGAGUCAAGAGGCCCAGGGUCAGGGAGAGGGGGGCCGCCCCGUGCAGAGCCAGCCCCCCCCCCAUCAGAGCGGCUCCACACAGAUGUUCAGCUACUAACAGUGAGGUGCUGGCCGCCUCACUGGGAGCAGCAGAUUUUAUCAGACUGUACAGAGACCCUCACCCGAUGCCUCUCCGCCUGAAUGUCACAUGGUUUCCCUUUUUAUACUGACAGUGGCUGAUAAUAAUGAACAUUAUAAUAAAAAAGAGAAAUGGUACAUUCAGCCCAAAUCACUGACACGCUGAUUUACAUUUCAAACCAAAGCAACAUGUGGAACAUUGAAAUGCCUUACCAGCUUUCUUAAAAGGUGCAUGUUUUCAAGAUACAUUUGCUGCUUGAAAUAUGAAAAUAUACUAACACUUAUUCCUAAAGUGUCCCAUCCAAAUGUUAUUUUUGAAUGCUGUCAACUGUAAUUAUUGUGGAACCGCUGGAAAGAAUACUGGAGUUUUUGUACUGUUAUUUUGUAAACAAAAUUCCUCUUUAAAUGUUUAUUUGAUUAGUCUUCAUUUCAUUUGAGAUUGUGUGGAACAGUUCUAACUGCUGCUUACAAGCGGCAUGUCACAAGGCACCUGAAUCCUGACUGAGCAGGUGUUAAUGGAACAGAAAGAAAGAAUGAACAAACAGCUGAAUCUCUAAAAGAUGAUUUCUGCAGACAUAUCCUCCAGAGACAUGAAUCCGAACAGAUCACAGCAUCCACAGCAGAAUGAAAGCAUUCCAAUCCAUAGUAGGAAAAUAAACCGGGCUUCAUGGAAGAAAUGAUUAGACUUUCACACUAAGACUAAUGUUUACUAAAUAGAAAUUCUCUUGUUUUUUAUGUGGUACACAUUUUUAUACUUUAUUCUCAAAUUUAUUUUCUUCACUAUUUUGUAUUUUAAGAGGAAAUGCACAAAACUCUGACGUUGUCUUUAUUUUGUAAACUCUGUAUUGGGGUGUCAUAUUUAGUUAUGGACUCUAUUGGUUUUCUUUUCUAUCAGAUUCUCGUCACCUGCAUCAUGAUAAUCAGAAACCGUUUGAUUUCUAAAUCAACGCGGCUGACCUGGGUGUUGUCCUCCUGUAAGCAGAGGUUGCUGUUCUGUGAAGCAGAUUAAGGUAUGAAGCGUGAAGGAAUGUUCAACAGACAGAUAUAAAAUGUUUCCUGUGCCAGUCUCAUCAUGAGAUCAGAUAAUGGCACAGGAAGCUUUAAGAAUAAAAGCAGUGGAAGUGAGAUCCAGAGACAAACUGUAUGCUGACUGGAGUCAAAUAUUAAAACAAAACUGGUAUACUUUUGGUAUGUUCACAUUUAGAGAUGUCAAAAACUGUGGCAACAACACGAUGGAUAACCUUUAACAGUUUAAUAUUUAACAAGUACUCCACAUUCAGUCCCUACAUACUUUUCAUAUCUAAUGUUUAAACGGCUGGUUUUAGAGCAGGGAGAAAUGUUUCAUCUAGCAUGUACCUCCACUGAA